AUGGCGGCCAGCGGAAGUCGACGACGCGGAAGCUGGGACGACGCAACGGGCGGGAACGCCGCCCGGCCGGCCCUCAGACGCGAAGGAGCUCGGGGAGCUCGGAGCGGCCGCGCCGCGCGGGGCGUGGGUGGCGGCGGGCCAACGCCGAGCCUUUCCCGAAGGCCGGGGGCCGAGACCAGCGCCCCUCAGCGCGCCGCGCGCCAGCCGCCGCCAGCGUCUGACGUCACAACACCUGAGCCGGCACCAACAGGACUCGGGAGGCGGUGCCGCGGCUCCGGGGACCCGCCGCCGUUGCUGGGGCCGGAGCCCCGCGCCCCGGCCCUGACCCGACCCUCCCUUUGGCCGCCCCGCAGGAUCCUCUCCUUCCCCCAGAACCUCCUGAGCCCCCGGGACACCCGGCGAGGCCUGGCUGCCGCUUUCCGCAUGUGGAGCGACGUGUCCCCCUUCAGCUUCCGGGAAGUGGCCCCCGAGCAGCCCAGCGAUCUCCGGAUAGGCUUCUACCCGGUCAACCACACUGACUGCCUGGUCUCCAGCCUGCACCACUGCUUCGACGGCCCCACGGGUGAGCUGGCCCACGCCUUUUUUCCCCCCCACGGGGGCAUCCACUUUGACGACAGCGAAUACUGGGUCCUAGGCCCCACGCGCUACAGCUGGAAGAAAGGCGUGUGGCUCACAGACCUGGUGCACGUGGCCGCGCAUGAGAUCGGCCACGCGCUGGGCCUCAUGCACUCGCAGCAGGGCCGGGCACUCAUGCACCUCAAUGCCACACUUCGAGGCUGGAAGACACUGUCCCAGGAUGAGCUGUGGGGGCUGCACCGGCUCUAUGGCUGCCUGGACCGGCUGUUGGUGUGUCCCUCCUGGGCGCGAAGGGGUUUUUGUGAUGCCCGCCAGCGGCUGAUGAAGAGGCUGUGUCCCAGCAGCUGUGACUUCUGCUAUGAGUUCCCCUUCCCCACUGUGGCCCCUACGCCCCCACCCCUGAGGACCAAAACCAGGCUUGUGUCUGAGGGCAGGAAUGUGACCUUCCGCUGCGGCCAGAAGAUCCUCCACAAGAAAGGCAAAGUCUACUGGUACAAGGACCGGGAGCCCCUGGAGUUCUCCUACCCAGGGUACCUGGCCCUGGGCGAGGCACAGCUGAGCAUCAUCGCCAACGCCAUCAACGAAGGCACCUACACCUGCAUCGUGCGCCAGCACCAGCGGGUGCUCACCACCUACUCCUGGCGGGUCCGAGUGAGGAGCUGAGCCCGGAGCCUGGAGCCCAGGCCCAGGCCUGCAUGA